GAUCUCGGGGCGCAAAGGAAUACUGACACCUCGUCAACAUCACUAUUAGAGACAUGUCACUGUACAACUCUCAGUAAUCACCUGGGCCGGUUUUCCCUCCCCUCUGACCUCAUGACAACCCCACCACUUGCCCAGUUUGCUGGGCAGCAGGCGCAAGCAACACGGGAUGUAAACACUGCUUCGCUCUGUCGCAUCGGACAAGAAACUUUGCAGGACAUUGUCUUAAGAACCAUGGAGAUCUUUCAGCUGCUUAGAAACAUGCAGCUACCAAAUGGGGUAACAUACCAUCCUAACACCCAUCAGGACCGGCUAGGAAAACUGCAGGAGCACCUACGUAUGCUGUCUGUUCUCUUCCGCAAACUACGACUUGUCUAUGACAAAUGCAACGAGAACUGUGCUGGUCUGGAGCCCAUACCCCCUGAGCAACUUAUUCCUUAUGUGGAAGAUGACGGCUCAAAGCUAGAUGAGCGUGUGGCCAGUCAGCUGCGUUCAGCCAGUGAAGAAAAAAGAGAAGUUCUCGAGGUCAACAAGAAAAUCAAACAGAAGAACCAACAGCUGAAGCAGAUAAUGGACCAGCUUAGAAACCUCAUCUGGGAGAUUAACUCCAUGCUGGCUGUGAGGAGUUAAAAUGCACACACACUCGCAAGACAUAUUAUUGUCUUCACAUGCUGCAAUAAUGCAAUGUGAUUUCACUGAGCAUGAAGCAGAAAGAUAGCAAAGACAGAACGGGGCGCUGAGGUGAAAAAUUGCAUAAGGAAACAAGGAAAGAGAAACGGCUGGGUGAAAAGUAGUAAAUUUUGCUUCUCGUUCAUGCUACAUGGUUGAGAAAGCAAUCCGUUUAAUGCUUUGAAUUAAAUUUCCAGCUAGAACAUUUCCUGCUAAAUUAAA